AUGGCAACACAAUCAGGAAGACAUAUAAGAAGUAUAGAAAAGUCAAUUGUGCUUUCCGUGAGAGAUUUCUUUGUGAAAGAAAAGGAGGAUGGCCCCAUCCUUCUGGACAAACCGAUCCAGAGAGUAGCAGAAGCAACAGGGAUGCACCAGAGAACAAUCUACAGAAUCUGCAGAGAACAUAAAGAUAAGGGACAUAUUGAAAGUCCAAGGAAGAGAGGGAGAAAAGAACACAGUGGACCAGUUAGAGAGUACACAGACAAUUUUCAAGAGGCUGUAAUCAGGAGAAGAAUUCAUAAAUUCUACACUGACAAAGUCUUCCCCACAUUAACACUACUCCACGCUGCUCUAGUAGAAGAGGAGUUUCCAUAUUCAAGGGCAAGUUUGCAUAGGAUCAUUAGCAGAAUGGGCUUUCGACAUAAAACUAUGAACAGAAAAAAAUGUUUAUACGAACAGCACCGCAUUGUGGCCUCACGAGCCCAAUACCUGAAAGAAAUCAAACGAUUUCGAUCAGAAGGUAGGCCUAUUAUCUACCUUGAUGAAACAUGGCUAAAUCAGCACCAUACAGUGACAAAAUGCUGGACAGACUAUGACGGGAAAGGUGGCCUCAAGAUUCCUAGUGGUAAAGGAAAACGACUCAUAAUCCUUCAUGCAGGUUGUGAGCAAGGGUGGAUUGAUGGAGCUGAACUGAUUUUUGUUGGCAAAAGAGACUCAGGCGAUUAUCACAACGAAAUGAAUAUUUUACAUUUCAUGGAGUGGUUUAGAGAGAAGCUGUUACCAAACUGUCCACCUCGAUCUGUGAUUGUGUUGGAUAAUGCCAAGUACCACAACGCAGUUGUUGAAAAAAUACCAACCAAGUCAAGCAGAAAACAGGAUAUGUUAGACUGGCUUGCAAAGCAUAAAAUUCGCCAUGAAAAGAAGAUGUUAAAAGCUGAACUAUAUUUCUUAAUUUGGGCAACCAAUCCUGUUUCUGUAUACCAAACAGACGUCUUUGCACAAGAAAAGGGACACAGCUGUUUGCGUCUCCCUGUUGGUCACUGUGAACUAAAUCCUAUAGAGCUCGCAUGGGCACAAGUCAAAGGUUAUGCAGCUAGAAAGAAUACAGGGAUCAGUGGUUUUACUAUGGAGAACAUUUUGCAACUUGCCAGAGAAGGAAUGCUGGAAGUCACACCAGAUCGAUGGGCUGGCUGUGUGGAACAUGUAAGAGAAAAGUUGGAGAAGCACUAUUGGGAAGUAGACGGACUGAUGGACGACCUAGUUGAGCGAAUGGUAAUAGAAGUAGGCCAUGGCGACACCUCGAGCUCUGAGUCUGAAGAAACUGUUAGCGAUACAGAAAGUGACUAA